AUGAGCGCCGCAACAGUGCUCCUGUACCUGCAGCUGGCCCCGAGUCAAAGAACCCAGACCGCGUUCAUAGAACAAAGAAGACAAAAAUUCAAGGAACAUCUGUUAAGAAGAAAAACAGUUUUUGCACACAAACAGGAAAAUCAGACAGUAUCCAGUAGAGGCCAGAGAGUAAUGACUCCUGAGGUCCAGGUUGAAGAAGGGAAAAAUGUUCAGAAACUUAAAACAGAAAUGGCUGAUAAAGAAAAUGCCAGUAGACCCACAGUGAGCAAAAAUGAUGCAGUAAUGGGGAAGUGCAUUCCUUUGAAACCUUCAAAUGAAUUAACCAAUUCAACUACCCCAGUUGCUACACAUAAUUUUGGUGAUGCCAAUCAAACUCUGCAGUUGUUACCGAUUGAAGAUGAUCCCCCAAAUCAACAUAAGACAUUAAGCCAGGCAUUUCACUUUAAGAAUAAUAAUAAAAAGAAACAAAUCACUACAGAAAAACCAAAGCAAAAUUUUAAUAUGCCCAAGAAACCUAUCCUUGGAUCUUAUCAUGGCCAAAUUGUGCAGUCUAAGGUUAAUUCAUGUAGAAAACCUCUACAAGUCAAAGAUGAGAGUUCUACAACAACAAAGAAACUUUCAACUACUGUCUCUAAAGUCACAAAGCCUCGAUCUGUAAAUAUCAGCACUGUAACAGUAAAAAGUGGUAGAUCCUCAAAUCUGACUGCUACCACUAAAUCUGUGAGCACUACAUCCCAGAGCACACAACUUGUUCGACCUCCUAUAAGAAAUCACCACACUAAUACCUGGGACACAGUGAAACAAGGAAUCAGUAGGACCUCUGAUGUUACAAUCCAUAAAGGGCCUUGUGAAAAAGAAUUAUUACAAUCUAAAAAGCUUUUAUCUAGUGUCGCAACCAGUUCUUCUGAGGACAUAAAAAGAAUUAAGCCACUAUCAAGAAGCAUCACAUCUGAAAUUGUAGCCAGGCCUGCUUCAUCUUCUAAUACCAAACUAAUAGAAAAGUCAAAAUCCAUUGAGCAGCGAAGACACACUAUAGCAAAAGUAACUACUGAUAGUAGAUCAGCCCAGCCCAAAGAAACAGCAGAAGAGAGAAAAGCUCGUCUGAGUGAGUGGAAAGCCAACAAAGGAAGAAUGGUGAAAAGGCCACCUAAUUCAGUGGUUACCCAGCCUGAGCCUGAAGCACAAAAUCAAAAACCAGUUGGGUCCUUCUGGACUACCAUGGCAGAAGAAGAUGAACAAAGAUUAUUUACUGAAAAAGUGAAUAAGACAUUUUCUGAAUGCCUGAACCUGAUUAAUGGGGGAUGCCCUAAAGAAGAAAUAUUGGUCACACUGAAUGACUUGAUUAAAAAUAUUCCAGAUGCUAAAAAACUUGUUAAAUAUUGGAUAUGUCUUGCACGUAUUGAAUCAAUUACAAGUUCUAUUGAAGAUAUUAUUGCAAUUUAUGAGCAAGCCAUUCUGGCAAGGGCUCAGCCUAUUAAACAGAUGUGGCAUGUGAUUGUAGAUAUUAUCACAAUGAAGAAUCAAGAAAAAGAAAAGGUUAAUUUGGAGAAAAAUACUGAAGAUGAUUGUGUAACCCAAGAACAAAUCCAAGAAGUUGACACUGAAUAUGUAGGUGUAAAUCUACAGCUAGGAAAACCAGAAAAGGAGAAUAAACAUCAUCGAAAUGUGGUAUUUCAGGAUUGUGAAAAGGAGCAAGAUGACAAAACUAAAGAGUCAACCUGUGAUGUUAAAACUCCCAAUACAGAAACUAGGGCAGGUUGCUUAAUAAAAUAUAAUGUGUCUACUACUCCAUACUUGCAAAGUGUAAAGAAGAAGGUGCAAUUUGAUGAAAUAAAUUCUACAUUUAAAGAGCUGAAAUUCCUGACACCUAUGAGACCAACUCAACAUCUUCAAGAGAAGACUUCUAAAUUGCCAGAUAUGUUAAAAGACCAUUAUCCUUGUGUGUCUUCAUUGGAGCAGUUAACAGAGUUAGGAAGUGAAAUGGAUGUCUUUGUAUGCUGCCCUAAUGCAGCACUGUGCCGGAUGUACUCCGAGACUGAAACAGCAGAAGAAGCAUGA